AUGUCGACCGUUGCAUCCCAACUCAUCCUUCACCCAUUCGUCUCGCAGACGUUGAAGGUGCUCGGAACUACCCUCGGACGUGACAAGAUAUACCGUGCCGUGCAAUACUUCUCGCGUUUCCUGGCAUGGCACCUGCUUUCCCGAGGUUACAAGAUCGAGGCAGCGAGAUGGAAUGCACUCAAGUCCCAUCUGACCCUCGCCAGGAAGUUGAUGCGUAUUGGAAAGCCAUUGGAACACCUCCAAGCCGCACUGCGCGCUGCUCAGAGCCCUGGUGAGGUAGCGGAACAGAUCACCACAAUCUGCCGGCAGCUUGGGUAUUUCGGCUACCUCUCGUAUGAUAUGCUCGUUUGGGCGAAUACUGUGAAGUUUUUCAAUUUCAAGCCCUCCACUGCUCAGAAAGUAAGCAAGAACGCAAACAGGUUCUGGCUUGCAGCAGUUCUCUUCAGCAUCACGCACGGUCUGCUCAAGGCUGGCAGACUAGCGAACGAAGUCGGGAAACUGCGAAGCGCACAGCUUACUGACAAGGGCGGUGAUGCCGACCGUGAACUGAAACUGAACGCUAUCCAGAAGGCGCGCGAGGUAACGCGCCACCAGUUCAUCAUCGACCUCUUCGAUGUCUGGAUCCCCGCGACGAACAUCGGUCUGGUAAAUCUCAACGAUGGUGUUCUUGGCAUCUUCGGUCUCAUUACGUCCUUGCUGGCGCUACAGUCGCAAUGGAUAGCUGUGAACCGUAAGUAG